UGGGUAACGUGCUAAUCUUUAAACCUUUUUGCUUUUAAAUCCUGCGUGUGUCUGGUCUCCUCACACAAAAGUGUAUUUUGCUUGUUUCUUCUCGUCUUCUUCAGUCUGAAGCCUUAUGUAGGUCAGGCUUGGCUUAAGCAGAUUUCCUGAACCUGCGUCAGCUUAAGCUGAAGGAAUUUUAAUAAACCCUCCCUUGUAGGCGUGGGCCUAAAUGAGACUAGCCUAGUUAAGCCUGAUCUUUUUCUGUUUGUGAAAAAGAGCUGAGCAGAGCUAGGGACUGCAUGGUGGCUUCAGAAACGGCUUCCUUAAUUCAAAGAUAACAAUGGUUGGGAAGGCCAGAUCUUCUAAUUUUACCUUAUCUGAAAAGCUCGAUUUGCUAAAACUCGUGAAGCCGUACGUUAAAAUUCUCGAGGAACAUACCAAUAAGCAUUCUGUAAUAGUGGAAAAAAACAAAUGCUGGGAUAUCAUAGCUGAUAACUACAAUGCCAUCGGAGUAGAUCGCCCUCCUCGUACUGCACAGGGCCUGCGCACGCUGUACAAGAGGCUCAAAGAAUAUGCCAAACAGGAGCUAUUGCAGCAAAAGGAGACUCACUCAGACUGUAAAAGCAGCAUUUCCGAGCCAACCAAGAAAGUUGUGGAGAUGAUUCCACAGAUUUCCAAUGUGUGUUUAAGAGACAGGAGCGGUGUUCAAAGCACUAGUAUCGAUAAAGAAACAAUUGCUGGUACCAGUUCACCACAGGCAAUGUUGGAUCACCAUCCUGCGACAGUCAUGAUGGAAUUGCAGUCGGAAGAGGAUGUCAAACCUCCUCCCUCUUUGAUUAUGGACUCACAGCAAAAUGAGAACUUAGAACAAGAGGAAGAACACCAGCUGGUGCAUAUUAUGGAAAGAUCUCCUUCAACAUCAGUAUCUUCAGUUGAUAUGAGAGUGAUGAUGUCUCCCUCUCCUGUACCAAGAAGAGAUGAGUAUUUUAGGCUUGAGGUUGGAGAACGCUUUAGACCAAUGUGUGGUUAUGACCCACAGAUGUUACAAAUGCUGAAAGAAGAGCAUCAAAUAAUUCUAGAAAAUCAAAGAAAAAUUGGUCUUUACAUCCAGGAAAAAAGGGAUGGUUUGAAAAGAAAGCAGCAACUGGAAGAAGAACUGUUGCGAACAAAAAUCAAAGUAGAGAAGCUGAAGGCAAUACGACUACGCCGGGAUCUGCCAGAAUACAGCAAUAUCUAAAUAUUUUAUUACUGCUGUCAGAUUCUUUGAAAUACUUAAUAAUGAAUGGUUUUGCCCUAGCAAAAUUGUUCCUUAUGUUAAUAUGGAUGGAUCAGAAUCUGGGCUUGAGAGAUGAAAUAAUAUUUCCCGUGUUGUUAUGUACUUAGAAAAAUACCUUGUAUGGGUUUGAUGUCACCAACUCUUCUGGUCUGAAGUUAAUCAAAUCCUGUAUAUUUAAGUAUUUUACCUUGAUAAAAAUCUAAACUUUAAAAAUAUUUCCACUUACCUCUAUUAGAGUUGUAAUGAGCUAAUGGAAAUUGAGCUCGUGUCUUUAAAAACAAUUUGUCAUAUCCAUUAUUUUUUCCAAAUAAUCACCCAUCUUUUAAUGUCUUAAUGAAGUUAGAGGUUAGUAAAUUCAUAUAAAAAGGAGGAAGAAGAGGCUAUGUUUAACUAUCUUACUCUUUUCAAGUUGGUAAAUCUUUUGACAGUGGUGAGAUUUUGCUGAUCUAUCAGCUUGGAAAACAAAAUUGCUGGAUUGUUAUAUUUUUUUAAUGUUCAGUAGGCAGUUGAAUAAAUUUAAAUCUUUAAAAAAGUUAAUACUUUUUACUGUUCCCAGUGGAGGAGCGUUUCCACGUUAUCAGAAUCAAUGCAAAGAACCCAACACUUGGUUUUUAAAGUUGCAUGCAUUUGUACUUUGUGUGUACAGUUACUAUGGUCGUAUGUUCAGUUCUAGUGAUUAUACUGGUGAUCAGCCACAAAAAAAGCUUAGUUUCCUCAUCUGCAUGCAUAAUUACUACAGUGCAUGUGCAGCCAAGGCAGUUGCAGGUGCCUUUGAUCAAUAUCACCAUGACUAUAAAAUACUGAAAUGAAAUAGUUUCUGUAUGUAAGUAAUACGUGACUCAAAAUUGAGAGAAGAUUCUUUGUCAU